AUGCCCGCCUCCAGCCAAACAUCGCCCCUCUUCACCCUCCCGCUCGAGGUCCGACAACUAAUCUACUCCUACAUCUACAACGGGAGCAUGGAACUCACCUUCACAGUCCAGAAAGGAACUCAGAUCUGGAAAGGUCCGGCGUGCUGUAGCGACCCCGAAGCCCUCGCCCUGCUGGUGACCUGCCGCGCUCUCUACCGCGAAGUCCUCCCCUUCGUCUACGCGCCCCAUCGCUUCCACAUUGCCAUUCACGGCCGGGCUGACCGCCAACGCGGGGUAGCCUUUUACGCUGGACCCCUGGACCGCACGAACACAUUGCUACGCAGCAUUCGCACGCUGGAGAUUGCUUUGCAUGUGGGGGCUGAUGGGCAUGUGGAUGUUGUGCUGCGGAAGUUGAGGGUGUUGGCUGCUGCGCUCGGGGAGGAGGGGGAGGAAGGAGCGGCGCUGUUGAAGACGUGGAGAGUUGCAGUUACGGUUGGUGAGCCUGUCACACGGCAAUUCGUGGCGGGUCGGAUUGCGGAGGUGGUGAAGCAGCUCGAUGAGGAGGAGAAGAAGGAGGCGAAAGGGGGCGGGGUCGACUUGAAGGUGUAA